GCACUAGUCACCAAAUGGCUGCAUGAAUGUACCUUGCAGCAGCGAGACUGUAACUCUGCUUUAGGCUCGCCCUGGUGUCCGACGAGGCUAGUCGACGUUGGCACUCGAGUCGGAAAGCCCGUUCGCGUUGUUGUAUCGUCAAAGGCCCGUCCUCAUGGCGGCUCUGUUACCCUCAGUCACCGCUGGAGUCAUUGA